GGCUGUAUAUUUGACAUCUAGUUAUGCAAAGACAAUGUCUACACUUGAUAUACAUCAAAAUCGUUGAACAUCUGUCAAAUGGUUGAAUCAUCAUUUACUGUGAUAGCAUGUUAUAAAGCUUCCAUAUUGUCCCGUACAUUUCAUUGAUACGCUAACGACUAGUUUGGAUAAUUAUAACCAAUAAAUUUAUGCAGAGGUCAGGGGAGUGGAUGAAGAUUAGAAUCGGUAAACUGAAGGAAGAUGUUCAGAUGUUGUUUAAGAAUUGCAGUAAUAGUUUAGAGAGAAUGAACUUGGUGGAUGCAGUCCAACGCCUAGGAAUAGAACACCUAUUUGAAAUACAGAUAGAGACUGCACUAAGUGACAUACAUGAAAAUGAACCCAGUAGCUCCAACCUCCACGAGGUAGCUCUUCGGUUCCGCCUUCUCAGGGAACAUGGCCUUUGGGUAUCUCCAGAUGUAUUCAAAAAAUUUAAGGGCGAAGAUGGAACCUUCAAUGAGUAUAUAACAAAUGAUCCAAAGGGACUCCUAUGUCUCUACAAUGCAUCAUACAUGUUAACCCAUGGCGAGCCAGAACUGGAAGAGGCCACCUCUUUUGCAAGGCAUCAUCUAAAAUCAAUGGCACCCAGCCUUAGAUCCCCUUUAGCAGAGCAAGUCAAGCGUGCCCUUCAUGUACCACUACCAAGGACCUAUAGGAGGUUGGAGGCGCUGAGCUACAUGCCAGAAUACGAACAAGAAGCAGAGCACAAUCCAAUCCUUCUAGAGCUUGCAAAGCUGGAAUUUAACCUCCUCCAGGCUGUCCACUUGAAGGAGCUCAAAGCUAUUUCUGAGUGGUAUAGUGAUCUUAAGGGAUACGUGGGGCUAAGUUUUGCUCGGGAUCGUGUGGUGGAGUGCUACCUUUGGGGGUACUUUUUGUUCUACGAGGAAGAGCACGCGCUCCCACGGAUGAUCUUUGCCAAGUUAUUUUUUCUGCACAUACUGUUGGAUGACACCAAUGAUGUUGGUGCCACCUUGGAGGAGUAUGGGAAGCUCGAUGCAGCCAUACAAAGAUGGGAGGAGAGCGCUGUUUCUCUUGUUCCAGGAUAUCUCAAGAAGUUCUAUAAUAAACUGCUAAUCUGCUUUAAGGAGUUCGAUGAUGAAUUGAGACUCAACGGGAGAUACUCGAUUGAUCACAUCAAGAAGGAGUUUCAGCAGUUAUCUAGUUGUUAUCUCCAAGAAGCUGAAUGGUUGCACAAAAAUCACAAGCCCAGGUUUGAAGAUAGAUUGCAUUUGGGUGCCAUGUCCAUAGGCGCGAUAGAGCUAUGUGUGUAUGCGAUGGUUUGCAUGGGUGAUGAAAUGCCGGAGGGAGCACUGGAGUGGGUACUUGGAUACCCUGAUGUCGUCAUGGCAUGCGCCAGGAUUGGGCGCCUAAUGAAUGACCUUGCUGCUUCAUCCAAACCCCGGAACAACAGGGACGUGGCCAACUGCGUGGAGUGCUACGCUAGUGAGCACAAGGUCACAGAGGAGGUCGCCUUUGCUGCCAUCGACUCGAUGAUAGAAGAUGAGUGGAAGACCACCAACCAAGCUCGAUUCAAACAUGGUCAUGAUCUGCUGCCUGCGGUGCAACGGGUCAUCAACUUCACUCUCAGCGGGCCGGUGUACUAUGGUGAUAGGAAAGAUGCUUUCACCUUCAGCUCGCAUCUUGAAGACAUCAUCAAGAGCCUCUUUGUCAAUCCCAUUCCCAUCUAGCUACUACUCUGUGUACCUCAUACAGACAUGCAUUAAGUAUUUGUUUUCUUAUGUACCUUCAACUUCUGUUUGUUUUCCAUAUCCCGUGUUUAAUUAGAUCGGUCAUGUGUCAUGUGUGUACACGUAGGAUGCGGAGGUUGGGAAAAAAUAAAGGCGUACCGAGCUCAUGU